CACUUUUUUCCUUACACCCCAGAAAAUAACCAUGUCUGCCUCUGCCCCACAAUACCAACGCAUUGCCAACGAUCAAUUCACCACCUCUCCCUUGGCCACUCUUGUCGAUCUCGCCAACGCUGCCGCUGGAGGUGAAAUCGUUGCUGUCACUGAUGAGUUCUUCGCUGAAUGCAAGAACAUGAUCCAGCCCGAACCCGCUCUCUCCUGCCCUGGUCGCUUCACCGACCAAGGUGCUUGGAUGGACGGUUGGGAAUCUAAGCGUCACAACCCCACUUUCGAUUGGGCUAUCGUCAAGCUCGGUUUCGCUGGUAACAUCCUUGGUUUCGAUAUCGAUACCAGCCACUUCACCGGUAACCAAGCUCCCGCUGCUUCCGUUGAGGCUGCCUACUGCCCUGAGGGUGAUGUUCAGGCUAAGGGUAUUGAGUGGACCCAAGUUCUUCCUAAGGUUGACCUUCCUCCUACCUGCCACAACUACUUCAUGCUCACCAACCCUGACGGUAAGGUCUAUACCCAUGUUCGUUUGAACAACAUUCCCGAUGGUGGUAUUGCUCGUUUCCGUGUCUACGGUACCGUCCAGCCUAUCUGGCCCAAGGACCCCUCUGAAAUUGUCGAUCUUGCCUUCCUUGGAAAUGGUGGUCACUCCGUUGUCGUCAGCGAUCAGCAUUAUGGUUCCGGCGGUAACCUUCUUUUGCCCGGCCGUGGUAACAACAUGGGUGACGGAUGGGAAACAAAGAGAUCUCGCACUCCUAACCACAAUGACUUUGUCAUCGUCCGUCUUGGUGACAAGGGUCACUUGUUGAAGACCGAAAUCGAUACCUCUCACUUCAAGGGUAACUACCCUGCCUCUAUCCUCCUCGAGGCUACCAACUCUGAUCAAGAGAUCCCUGUCAACAACGAGUGGGUCACUGUUGUGUCUCAGCGUAAGGUUGGUCCCCAUGAGCAAUUCUACUUCGAUCUUGAACACAGCGACAAGGUCUUCACCCACGUCAAGGUCACCAUCUUCCCCGAUGGUGGUUUCAAGCGUCUUCGUGUCUUCGGUGUUCGUGAUGUCGAGGGUGCUCAACUCCCCAAGGGCAAGGUUGAGAUCAAGAACGGCAAGGCCGUCGUUGUCUAAAUGUCAAGCUGUCUGAGUGAAUGGGCUGGCCUAUUUUUUCCACCAACUGACAAUCAUGAUUGUUUUUGGUUGCCGCCAAAAUCCAUAUAAAAAAACAUGUCACAUAAUGUACAAAAACACCCUCUCUCUCCCUUCUUAAACCCCCCACAUAUUUUGCACACUUCGACACCCAUUCAUCACUUGCUACAUAGAAAUCAUUUUUUGCAUCUGAUAUCAAAGGCGUUCUUUGUCAGAGAUAGAAAUAAACAUGUUCCCCCUAUCGCUCAAUAACAUCGUCCCC